GUACCUGUGGUACCUGUAGUAGCUGUAGUACCUGUAGUAGCUGUAGUAGCUGUAGUAGGUGUAGUAGCUGUAGUAGCUGUAGUACCUGUAGUAGCUGUAGUAGCUGUAGUAGCUGUAGUACCUGUAGUAGCUGUAGUAGCUGUAGUAGCUGUAGUACCUGUAGUAGGUGUAGUAGCUGUAGUAGCUGUAGUAGCUGUUGUACUUGUAGUAGCUGUAGUAGCUGUAGUAGCUGUAGUAGCUGUAGUAGCUGUAGUAGCUGUAGUAGGUGUAGUACCUGUAGUAGCUGUAGUAGCUGGAGUAGGUGUAGUACCUGUAGUAGCUGUAGUAGCUGCAGUAGCUGGAGUAGCUGUAGUAGCUGUAGUAUCUGUAGUACCUGUAGUACCUGUAGUAGCUGUAGUACCUGUAGUACCUGUAGUAGGUGUAGUACCUGUAGUAGCUGUAGUAACUGUAGUAGCUGGAGUAGGUGUAGUACCUGUAGUAGCUGUAGUAGGUGUAGUAGCUGUAGUAGCUGUAGUAGCUGUAGUAGGUGUAGUAGCUGGAGUAGCUGGAGUAGCUGUAGUAGCUGUAGUACCUGUAGUACCUGUAGUAGCUGUAGUACCUGUAGUAGGUGUAGUACCUGUAGUAGGUGUAGUAGCUAUAGUACCUGUAGUACCUGUAGUACCUGUAGUAGCUGUAGUACCUGUAGUAGGUGUAGUACCUGUAGUGUCUGUAGUACCUGUAGUAGGUGUAGUACCUGUAGUAGCUGUAGUACCUGUAGUAGCUGUAGUACCUGUAGUAGCUGUAGUAGCUGUAGUAGCUGUAGUAGGUGUAGUAGCUGUAGUAGGUGUAGUACCUGUAGUAGGUGUAGUAGCUGUAGUAGCUGUAGUAGCUGUAGUAGCUGUAGUAGGUGUAGUACCUGUAGUACCUGUAGUAGCUGUAGUAGCUGUAGUACCUGUAGUAGCUGUAGUACCUGUAGUAGCUGUAGUACCUGUAGUACCUGUAGUAGCUGUAGUACCUGUAGUACCUGUAGUAGGUGUAGUACCUGUAGUACCUGUAGUAGCUGUAGUAGCUGUAGUAGGUGUAGUACCCGUAGUAGCUGCAGUACCUGUAGUAGGUGUAGUACCUGUAGUAGCUGUAGUACCUGUAGUAGGUGUAGUACCUGUAGUAGCUGUAGUAAUAGUAAUAGUAAUAAAUUGCUUUAUUUGCAUGACCGCAUCAUUUUACAGUAUUGCAAAAGCAUGUAUAUGACAAUCAAAAUAUAAAACAAAACAGCGCUAAUAAUAAUCUAGAAAAAUUCGGUUACAUUACUAACGAUGAAUCACGUAUUUUCAUGCAGGAGGAAACAAACUUCAUAACUAACUUAUUUACAUGAUGUUCCUUCGAAUUCAUUAUCAGUUUUAUGCUUUCUGGAGAUGAUUUCUUGUCAAAGUCAGGUAUUAUUCGAUUGAUUUGAUUAAUAAAUGCCUGUCUCUGUACUGAGUAUUUGUUACAUUGAAAGAGGAAAUGAAUCUCAUCUUCUACCUGAUUUGAGUUACAUAAAGGACAUAAUCUAUUUUCUCUUGGCAAAUGAUCGAUUUGGUAUCGACCAUGUUCAAUCAUAAGUUUGUGAUUACUUAUUUUAAAUUUAACAAAAUUCUGUCGUUCGUCAUAAUGUCUUAGCUGGUAGAGAUAAUCAGAUGUAGAAUAUUCAUCUUUAAAAGUUUUAUAAAAUUCUAGUUUUUUUUUUGAAUUUUCGAGGCUGUGCCGCCAAAAAGAUAGAUAUUUCUCUCUCAUUUCUGUGGUAUAUCGUCUAAUUUUAUCAUUAUCUAGAGAUUCAGCAUCUAAACUGGUUAGAUUGUAUUGUUCAAGCAUGUUUAUGAAAUUGGAAAAAUAUCCGGAAUUAUUCAUAGAAUGUAGAUUCUUUGACAUAAGGAAAGACUGUUUGACUAUAGAGUCAUUAUCUUUGUUGUUGAGGUAAACAAAAUAUUUCAUAAUUUUCUGAUUUAUCGGGAUAAGCAGCGGCAGUCUAUCAAGUUCAGCUCUGCAGGCUAUGUUAGAGGCCUUAUUGUUAACCUCUAAGUAACGUUUACAGAAUUUGAGGUGGAUUUUUUCUAUUGGGUAGCUAUCCCAUUGUAGUAGCUGUAGUAGCUGUAGUAGCUGUAGUACCUGUAGUACCUGUAGUACCUGUAGUAGGUGUAGUACCUGUAGUAGCUGUAGUAGGUGUAGUACCUGUAGUAGCUGUAGUACCUGUAGUAGGUGUAGUACCUGUAGUAGCUGUAGUACCUGUAGUAGGUGUAGUAGCUGUAGUAGCUGUAGUAGCUGUAGUAGCUGUAGUAGCUGUAGUAGCUGUAGUAGCUGUAGUAGGUGUAGUACCUGUAGUAGCUGUAGUACCUGUAGCAGCUGUAGUAGCUGUAGUAGCUGUAGUAGCUGUAGUAGCUGGAGUAGCUGUACUAGCUGUAGUAUCUGUAGUACCUGUAGUAGCUGUAGUAGCUGUAGUAGGUGUAGUA